GCAUCACCACCACAAAACAUCAAACAUAAGAAAAACCUAUAAUCAUAAAAAAAGAGAAAGAGAGAGAGAGAGAAAUGACUUUUCCCAUGAUGAUCAAGGUUGUGCUUUUAUCACUUCUUGUCCUAUCGAACGGAGCUGAUCUGUAUGACCGGAUCAAGGGAGAGUGUAGCCUCACAGAUUACCAAAACACUUGCCUCAAAUGUCUUGCGUCCGACCCAAACUCCAUUUAUGCCGACCAUGUUGGAUUCGUCCAAAUCGUUAUACACUGUCUAGAAUCUCAACUCCAAAACCUGACUAACAACGUUACGAGUAUAUCGUCGAGGAAAAAUGAGAGUGUAGCAAUUAAGAAAGUUUUGGGAGACUGCAACAGAGGCUUUUCGAUUGCAAAAUCACAACUUUAUGAAAUCAAGCACAGUGUGAUUAUCCGUAGCUACAAGAAAGCAAGCGGGUUGGUGAAUACUACGCUUAGCUAUCCUUUAACUUGCAGAGACAAUCUCCAAAAGCUCAAUUUCAAAGAGUCACCUGAAGUUUAUGACGACAUCAGUGUCUAUGCCCAACUCUCUUCUGUUGCUAGGACGAUGAUCAAGCGUCUUGAGCAUUUUAUAUAGUUCCAAUACUUGCAUCUAUCUAUAUAUCAACAAAACAAUCUAUGUAUCGAUCAGUUCUACCGCUAACUAAAUGAAAUAACA